AUGCGUCGAGAGGAAAUGGUCAAAAACGUUUUGUACGCAGCAGGGCUGUUGAUCAAGAGCCUGCUGUUAUGCUGUACAGCUGCAGAGCAAUGGGAGGCUACGGGCCAGCCGGAAGUUUCCAAGUUUGGUAUGAUGCUACAACGCCAUAUUUUCAAGAGGAUCGCGGGGGCUGGUCUUUCAGAUGUGUGCUUGCGGGAAUGCUAUGCUGACGUCAGAUGUCAAAGUUUCAACUACGUCUUUACGCAAGACAUUUGUGAACUGAGCAACCGAACCAAGGAGGCCAGACCAGAGGAUUAUGUUCCGAACCCUGAAAGAUUUUACUUUAAGCGAGAUUACAAAAGAGGUUUGUAUAUUUUUGACUGUCUUCUUCCC